UGGACAGCAAACUGUGCAUGUGUCACCUCUUGUGCAAUAAAGAAACUUCGUUCUUUUCCUUCUUCUUCCUUUUACCUGUUACUUCAAAUCUAUCGGCGUUUUGAGGGUGUUGGGUUCUCUUCCGGCAUCAAUAUCAAAGUCCUUUCUGGAUAAAACCACUACAGCUUUCACGGUCCAAAUACCUCUGCCUUGAUAACACUUGAUUACUGCCCUUCCAAAUAAUGUUACCGAGUGGACGAUCAAUUGACCUAGUAUCCUUAUCCUCUGUCUUUCACAGCGGGUUUAUUCCUUUACUUCUCCUCAGCCAUGUGUAGAUUUAUGGUCUACAAAGGCUCAGAGCCCAUUAUUCUCUCCAAACUCAUCACUGAACCUUCACACAGCAUCCUGACACAAUCCUAUGAUAGCCGACUGCGUCUCGACAGUCGUCGUCCGGUCAAUGGCGACGGCUUUGGCGUUGGGUGGUAUACCGAGCCCGAGCUAGGGCCAGACCCUUGUGUGUUCACCUCUACUCUUCCAGCAUGGAAUUGUGUCAACCUGGAACGUAUCGCUCCCAAGACGGCUUCGAGACUGGUCUUUGCCCACGUCCGUGCCACCACCGAGGGUUCUCUUGCGGAGAACAACUGCCACCCUUUCCAGCACAACACCCUCAUGUGGAUGCACAACGGCAACAUAGGGGCGUGGAAAUACGUCAAACGUCCCCUCGCCAACAGCUUGUCCGACAAGUGGUUUCUGGGAGUCAAGGGCGGUACGGACUCUGAAUGGGCAUUUGCCUUGUUCCUCGACACCCUGGAGAAGGACGGAGUCGACCCGAGCUCCGAACCCAAGGAUGGAUUCGACACCAAACUACUGAGGAGGGCAAUGAAAAAGACCAUUGCGAAGAUCAAUGCAUUCGUCAAGGCUGUUCCAGCAGAACACGAACUCGAUGAUGUCGAGACCAGGAGUCUUUUGAAUUUUGCCGUGACCGAUGGGCACUCUGUCAUCGUCACUCGAUACGUCAGCAGCAAGACCGACGCCGCCGCGAGUCUCUACUACUCCUCGGGAACGGCGUGGGUCGAGGGCAAGACCAAGGGCCAGUUCAAGAUGGAACGCAGAGACAAGGCUUCCGAUGUGGUCCUGGUCGCCUCCGAGCCCCUGACGUUCGAGCGACACAACUGGUUGUCCGUGCCCACAAACACCAUCGUCGCCAUCUGCAACCAAACUGUCUACGUGCGACCCAUCAAGGACGAAUUCUACGACCCUGACCCAUCCACGGAGCGGUCCACCGGCUUUGCCAGAUCGAAAGGUCUGGUGUCAAAGGCUCCCGGUGGGGGCACCAUCACGCCGUCCACCAUCCCCGGAACCCCCGUCCCUCGGAACGAAGUCGAGACGGCCGGUGGCAGUUUCAUCGUCAAGGAUGACCUGGAAAGAGUGCGGUCGAACGUGGAGGAUUUUAGUCUGCGAACCGGGCCGGGCGGUCUACCUCUACUUCCCACUACCGGCCACCACGUUCCUGCCUGUCAAGCACGGCGGGCGGCUGGCAUGAAAGGAUCUGCACCAAACAACGGCCCAAUUUCUGCCACUUGAGUGAGUGCCGGGAUGAACUUGUCGAGGACGGCGUUGGAUUGGUGGCUUUUGGGGAGAUUCACAAAUGGAAGAAAAAUUGUAUACUCCGUCUCACGACGAAUGACAGACGUAUGGGCCAAGACAGGGACGCGAGUUUGAUGGUGUAAGGACUGAAGGAAAAGUGUGUAUGGGAAAAGCUAACAACAACUGGCACCUGGCACGGAUUCGGCCAUAUGAUGACAAAACAAACUGAAAUCAGGAGCAUGGAGCGAGGCGUCUGUUUGUGUUUUUGUUUAUUUCUAGAUACCAUAUCCUUCUGAAAUUGCUGCACCAUUAACCAUUUUUUAAUA